AUGGCAUCACAGAAGUCGUCAGCACGAUCGCGUAGUAGCCUUUACUUCGCACCAUUGCAGAACGAUGGCGCCGAAGAUACCCUUCAAGUGCCUGGCGCAAGUCGUCCCUCGAUCUCCACCUCACGUCGGCCAUCGACCAGCGGCCGGUCCCAUCGAUCUCAUAGCACCACACUGACAGUCGAAGAUGCGAACAAACUCAUGGCCGAAGCGCUUGCCAUUCAGGAGCAGCAUGAUCUGCCCGCUUGUGGCACAAGCAGAAAGUCGAGCAUCAGACCAGACACGUCCGAUGAAGACGGAACAAGACGCCUCAGCGUUCGUCCUGAAGCCCAUUAUGCUACCGCGUCAAACUACAGCCGCUCGAGGAGAUCAUUGAGUGUGGUCGCGGAGGACCCAAGCCUUCUUUUCGCAAGAGCUUUGAAGGAUCAUCAGCAGAGUAAAGACUUGUUUCGAUCCCAAAGCAAGCGGAAAGAGAACGAAGAGCAGAGACUGUCUGCAGACGUGAUCACUCCUGACCCAAGCGCUGCUCUUCCGCAGCCACUCGAACAGAACACCUACCAAUCGCCCUACCACCACAGACGCCGCACAACAAUCCACACGACCCUCCCCUCCUGGACCCGCUUCCCCUCCCACACCCGCGCUCUCCGCUCCGCCUCCGCCACCGACCCCGGAAUCAUCAUUCGAGACUUCGCAGACCCUUCUUUUCGCCGCAAUGCUACAGCCAAUAUCUCGCAAUUCCCUCAACAAACCUAUCGCGAGACUCUGAAACAUUUUGCGAAGAAUUGUGCUUCUGUUGCGAAGUAUUAUGCUACAAGGUUGACAAGUCCUGAGGGGUAUCGAGGUGUUAAUCGGAGAACGAGCGUUAGUGUGGCGAAAGGUGGGGUGAGAGAGCCGGAGUUGGAGAUGAUUUCGCUGAGUCCGGGGCCGGUGAGUAGUGGGGUUGGGGAGGGGGACGAGGAGGGUGGUGGUGGGAUGGAAGUGGGGAGGGAGGAACAUCGGUUGUUGUUGGAGAGGGUGGAGAGGGAGUUGAGUGAGGAGGAUGAGGAGAAAGUUGAUGGGAACAGGUGGCAAGGUAAAGGGAAGGAGAAAGUGAAAGGGAAAAGUAGGGCGAUGGGGAUGAAGUUGGAUCUUUCGAGGGCGAGGGGUGGGACGGGCUUAAUGAGGGCUGAUAGUGGGUUUGAGGGUCUGGAGGGGGCGAGGCCGGGGACGCCAUUUGUUGUGGAGAAGGCAGGGUUCGAUUGGGGAAAUGAGUUCGGCGGUGGAGGGGAGAAGAAGGAGAAGAGGAGUGGAACAUUUGAGUUCUCCUUUCAGCAGAGUAGUCGGAGGCAACAGGAUGGCGUAGGACCGAAAACGGCGGGCGGGCAGGUCAGUAGUGAUGAUGACGAGGAACAGGCGCCUUGA